AUGGGAAAGAAGGCGGUCCCUCCAGCCUGUUUCUUUGGAGGAGCUCCAGCCUUGGCCAUGGCCUGCGGACGUUGGUCUCCAGUUCCUUCAGCUUCCAACAGAUUCUUCAGCCUUCUGACGCAGACCCUUUGGUCUCCUGACUCGCACCGACUCUGCCAUGACCGCCCGGGGAUCCCCGACUUUCGACUGGUCGCCCAGCUCCUAGGGCCUUUCCCUGGGAUGGACCCCUGUGAGGCAUGGACACUGCCCACUUUGGACCUGGGUGGAGACUGCAGCUCUUCCUCAGAGCUGGGGGCCACCUUCUCCGCUUGGAGUGGCCUCCGUGCUGUCCGCCCAGUGCAAGGCUUUGUCCUGCUCGUCCUUUUCCUGCAGGAAAAGCUUCAGCGAGCGUCACAGUGCAGGCCAUGUCCUUGCAGACACUUUGGCAGCCAGCGGGUCAUGUACACAAAGACCCAUUCAAAGCGAACCGUGUGCCACUCUGGAACGAGCGCAGCUACACAAACGCACCCGGACCCCCGCCGCGGCGCGCCGGGGCUGGAAGCCAAGGCCUGCGCAGGGCCUUCGCCCGUGCCUGGGCGCCGGGGAAAAGGCCUGCGAGGACGCCGCGACAGUCACGGCAGCACAGCCCGCGCCCAGCUCCCGCAGUCUUUAGGAGGAGAGGAGACACGACGAACCAAGGCGCGCUUCCUGGCGUCGCCAUUGCGGUGCUCGGAAAACACGCACCGGGGCGAGGCUCCGCCACGCGGCGUCCCCGCGGAGCUCGCUUUCAGCGUGCACAGGUACGCGCGGCGGUCAGCGCGGGGAGGCGCGGCGCGCAGGGCGAGGUGUUAUAGAACUGUGGCAGCUGAAGUUAGGAAGCAGAUCUCUGGGCAAUAUAGUGGCUCUCCUCAACUGCUGAAGAACCUCAGCAUUGUUGGCAAUAUCUCCCACCACACCACAGUGCCCCUUACUGAAGCAGUAGAUCCAGUAGAUUUGGAAGAUUACCUCAUUACUCAUCCUUUAGCUGUGGAUUCUGGGCCUUUGAGGGAUUUGAUUGAAUUUCCUCCAGAUGAUAUUGAAGUUGUCUAUAGUCCUAGGGAAUGCAGAACCCUUGUUUCAGCUGUACCCGAGGAAAGUGAAAUGGAUCCACAUGUUAGAGAUUGUAUAAGAAGUUAUACAGAAGACUGGGCGAUUGUGAUCAGAAAAUAUCAUAAACUGGGGACAGGAUUUAAUCCCAAUACAUUAGAUAAGCAGAAAGAAAGACAAAGAGGUUUGCCAAAACAGGUCUUCGAAUCUGAUGAAGCUCCAGAUGGCAACAACUACCAGGAUGAGCAAGAUGAUCUUAAAAGACGUUCAAUGUCAAUAGAUGAUACUCCAAGGGGAAGCUGGGCCUGCAGCAUCUUCGACUUGAAAAAUUCGCUGCCUGAUGCUUUGCUUCCUAAUUUACUUGAUCGAACUCCAAAUGAAGAAAUAGACCGUCAGAAUGAUGACCAGAGGAAAUCAAAUCGCCACAAGGAACUCUUUGCUUUGCACCCAUCGCCAGAUGAGGAAGAACCCAUAGAGCGCCUUAGUGUUCCUGAUGUACCCAGAGAGCAUUUUGGUCAAAGACUUCUUGUAAAAUGUUUAUCACUCAAGUUUGAGAUUGAAAUUGAACCCAUUUUUGCAAGUUUGGCUUUAUAUGAUGUCAAGGAAAAGAAAAAGAUUUCAGAAAACUUUUAUUUUGACCUUAAUUCUGAGCAGAUGAAAGGAUUGUUACGCCCACACGUACCACCUGCUGCUAUUACUACCCUGGCAAGAUCAGCUAUCUUUUCUAUUACUUAUCCUUCUCAGGAUGUUUUUCUUGUAAUAAAGCUAGAAAAAGUCCUACAGCAAGGAGACAUUGGAGAGUGUGCAGAACCAUACAUGAUUUUCAAAGAAGCUGAUGCCACCAAGAAUAAGGAAAAAUUGGAGAAGCUGAAAAGUCAAGCGGAUCAGUUUUGCCAGAGACUUGGGAAAUAUCGCAUGCCAUUUGCUUGGACCGCAAUCCAUUUAAUGAACAUUGUUAGCAGUGCUGGCAGUUUAGAAAGAGACUCUACUGAAGUAGAAAUCAGUACUGGCGAACGGAAGGGGUCCUGGUCAGAGAGGAGGAAUUCUAGUAUUGUUGGCCGGCGAUCGCUUGAGAGAACGACAAGUGGAGAUGACGCUUGCAACUUGACCAGCUUUCGCCCUGCCACGCUCACAGUGACCAAUUUUUUUAAGCAGGAAGGUGACCGCUUAAGUGAUGAAGAUCUGUACAAAUUCCUUGCCGAUAUGAGAAGGCCAUCUUCUGUCUUGCGGCGACUGAGACCUAUUACAGCUCAGCUGAAGAUAGACAUUUCUCCUGCUCCUGAAAAUCCCCAUUAUUGCCUGACCCCGGAACUGCUUCAAGUGAAGCUGUACCCUGACAGCAGAGUUAGACCUACCCGGGAAAUUUUAGAGUUUCCUGCUCGGGAUGUCUAUGUACCAAACACUACUUAUAGAAAUCUUCUUUACAUAUACCCUCAGAGUCUUAAUUUUGCCAAUCGUCAGGGUUCUGCCAGGAAUAUCACAGUGAAAGUCCAGUUUAUGUAUGGAGAAGAUCCCAGCAAUGCCAUGCCGGUAAUCUUUGGUAAAUCUAGCUGUUCAGAGUUUUCAAAGGAAGCCUAUACAGCCGUAGUAUAUCAUAACAGGUCUCCUGAUUUUCACGAAGAAAUCAAGGUUAAACUCCCUGCAACUUUAACUGACCAUCAUCACUUACUUUUUACUUUUUAUCAUGUUAGUUGUCAACAAAAGCAAAAUACUCCUCUUGAAACCCCUGUUGGAUAUACAUGGAUCCCGAUGCUUCAGAAUGGACGGCUGAAGACCGGCCAGUUUUGCUUACCGGUGUCUCUGGAAAAGCCUCCCCAGGCGUACUCGGUGCUGUCCCCCGAGGUUCCUCUACCUGGCAUGAAGUGGGUAGAUAAUCACAAAGGUGUGUUUAAUGUUGAAGUUGUUGCUGUUUCAUCUAUCCAUACACAAGAUCCGUAUCUUGAUAAAUUUUUUGCUCUGGUCAAUGCCCUGGAUGAACACAUGUUCCCUAUCCGAAUUGGGGACAUGCGGAUCAUGGAAAAUAACUUAGAAAAUGAAUUAAAGAGCAGUAUUUCAGCAUUGAAUUCAUCUCAGUUGGAGCCAGUGGUCCGAUUUCUUCAUCUUCUGCUUGAUAAACUGAUCCUGUUAGUUGUUAGACCUCCUGUCAUUGCUGGCCAAAUAGUUAAUCUAGGUCAAGCAUCUUUUGAAGCCAUGGCGUCAAUUAUAAAUCGACUUCACAAAAACUUGGAAGGAAAUCAUGACCAGCAUGGCAGGAACAGCCUUCUUGCCUCCUAUAUCUAUUACGUGUUUCGCCUACCAAAUACUUACCCUAGCUCACCCUCACCAGGUCCCGGGGGGUUGGGAGGAUCUGUGCAUUAUGCCACGAUGGCUAGAUCUGCUGUGCGACCCGCAAGCCUUAACCUGAGCCGCUCUCGGAGCCUGAGUAACAGUAACCCAGACAUACCUGGGACUCCCACAUCACCAGACGAUGAAGUGCGGUCUAUCAUCGGCAGUAAGGGUUUAGAUCGCUCCAAUUCCUGGGUUAACACUGGUGGUCCAAAAGCUGCCCCAUGGGGAUCCAACCCCAGCCCAAGUACAGAAUCAACACAGGCUGUGGAUCGAAGUUGUAAUCGUAUGUCUUCGCACACAGAGACGUCAAGUUUUUUACAAACAUUAACGGGACGCUUACCAACUAAAAAGCUGUUUCAUGAGGAGCUGGCUCUGCAGUGGGUGGUUUGCAGUGGCAGCGUUCGCGAGUCGGCUUUGCAGCAGGCCUGGUUCUUUUUUGAAUUAAUGGUAAAGAGCAUGGUGCACCAUUUAUACUUCAACGAUAAACUUGAUGCACCAAGGAAAAGUCGUUUCCCAGAACGUUUUAUGGAUGACAUUCUUGCUCUUGUCAGCACGAUUGCUAGUGAUAUAGUUUCACGUUUUCAGAAGGACACAGAAAUGGUUGAGAGACUCAAUACAAGUCUUGCAUUCUUUCUCAAUGAUCUGUUAUCUGUUAUGGACAGAGGAUUUGUCUUUAGCCUUAUAAAGUCCUGCUAUAAACAGGUGUCUUCAAAGCUUUAUUCACUGCCAAACCCAAGUGUCCUGGUGUCCCUGCGGUUGGAUUUUCUGCGAAUCAUCUGCAGCCACGAGCACUACGUCACAUUGAACCUCCCCUGCAGCUUGCUCACGCCCCCGGCCUCUCCGUCUCCCUCAGUGUCUUCUGCAGCCUCUCAGAGUUCCGGCUUCUCCACGAAUGCACAGGACCAGAAGAUCGCGAACAUGUUUGAGCUGUCCGUGCCCUUCCGCCAGCAGCACUACCUGGCCGGUCUUGUGCUGACAGAGCUGGCUGUCAUUUUAGACCCCGAUGCUGAUGGACUGUUUGGAUUGCAUAAGAAAGUCAUCAAUAUGGUGCACAAUUUACUGUCUAGUCACGACUCUGACCCGCGGUACUCUGACCCUCAGAUCAAAGCUCGAGUGGCCAUGUUGUAUCUACCUCUGAUUGGCAUCAUCAUGGAGACUGUGCCUCAGCUGUAUGACUUUACAGAAACUCACAAUCAACGUGGAAGACCAAUUUGCACUGCCACUGAGGACUACGACAGUGAGAGUGGAAGCAUGAUUAGCCAGACGGUUGCCAUGGCGAUCGCAGGGACCUCUGUGCCUCAGCUGACAAGGCCUGGCAGUUUCCUCCUCACAGCCACGAGUGGCAGACAACAUACCACCUUUUCAGCAGAAUCAAGCCGGAGCCUUUUGAUCUGUCUUCUCUGGGUCCUCAAGAAUGCAGAUGAGACGGUUCUACAAAAAUGGUUCACAGAUCUCUCAGUCUUGCAGCUAAAUCGGCUGUUAGAUCUUCUCUAUCUCUGUGUGUCUUGCUUUGAGUACAAGGGGAAAAAAGUGUUUGAAAGAAUGAACAGUUUGACCUUUAAGAAGUCAAAAGACAUGAGAGCAAAACUAGAAGAAGCCAUUCUUGGGAGUAUAGGUGCCAGGCAGGAGAUGGUGCGUCGAAGCCGAGGCCAGCUCGAGAGGAGCCCAUCAGGCAGUGCUUUUGGAAGUCAAGAAAACCUGAGAUGGAGAAAGGACAUGACUCACUGGCGUCAGAACACAGAGAAGCUUGACAAGUCAAGAGCAGAGAUUGAACAUGAAGCAUUAAUUGAUGGAAAUCUGGCUACUGAAGCAAACCUGAUCAUUUUAGACACAUUAGAGAUUGUUGUCCAGACGGUUUCCGUGACAGAAUCCAAAGAGAGCAUCCUUGGUGGAGUGCUGAAGGUGCUGUUGCACAGCAUGGCCUGCAACCAGAGCGCCCUCUACCUGCAGCACUGCUUCGCCACACAGAGGGCCCUGGUUUCCAAGUUCCCAGAACUCCUGUUUGAAGAGGAGACCGAGCAGUGUGCCGACCUGUGCCUCCGGCUGCUCCGACACUGCAGCAGCAGCAUCAGCACCAUCCGCUCCCACGCCAGCGCCUCCCUGUACCUGCUCAUGCGGCAGAACUUCGAGAUCGGCAACAACUUUGCCAGGGUUAAGAUGCAGGUAACAAUGUCGCUAUCCUCCUUGGUGGGCACAUCUCAGAAUUUUAAUGAAGAAUUUCUAAGACGCUCUCUAAAGACUAUAUUGACAUAUGCCGAAGAGGACCUGGAGUUGAGGGAAACGACAUUUCCUGAUCAGGUCCAGGAUCUGGUUUUCAAUCUCCAUAUGAUCCUUUCUGAUACUGUUAAAAUGAAGGAGCACCAGGAGGACCCUGAAAUGUUGAUCGAUCUGAUGUACAGAAUUGCCAAAGGUUACCAGACCUCUCCAGACCUGCGGCUGACCUGGUUGCAGAACAUGGCGGGGAAGCACUCGGAGCGCAGCAACCAUGCCGAGGCCGCGCAGUGCCUGGCGCACUCGGCCGCCCUGGUGGCGGAGUACUUGAGCAUGCUGGAGGACCGCAAGUACCUGCCUGUGGGCUGUGUGACAUUCCAGAAUAUUUCGUCUAAUGUUCUGGAGGAAUCUGCCGUGUCAGAUGAUGUUGUAUCUCCAGAUGAAGAAGGUAUCUGCUCUGGAAAGUACUUCACUGAGUCAGGACUUGUGGGAUUGCUGGAGCAAGCAGCUGCUUCUUUCUCUAUGGCUGGCAUGUAUGAAGCAGUUAAUGAGGUUUACAAAGUACUCAUUCCUAUUCAUGAAGCUAAUCGGGAUGCAAAGAAACUAUCCACAAUUCAUGGUAAACUUCAAGAAGCAUUCAGCAAAAUUGUUCAUCAGAGUACUGGCUGGGAGCGGAUGUUUGGCACCUAUUUUCGCGUUGGUUUUUAUGGAACCAAGUUCGGGGAUUUGGAUGAACAGGAAUUUGUUUACAAGGAGCCUGCAAUAACCAAACUUGCUGAGAUUUCUCACAGAUUGGAGGGAUUUUAUGGAGAAAGAUUUGGAGAGGAUGUGGUGGAAGUGAUCAAAGACUCUAACCCUGUGGACAAGUGUAAAUUAGACCCCAGCAAGGCGUAUAUUCAGAUCACCUACGUGGAGCCAUACUUCGACACAUACGAAAUGAAGGACCGAAUCACGUAUUUUGACAAAAAUUACAAUCUUCGCCGUUUCAUGUACUGUACGCCCUUCACUUUAGAUGGCCGUGCCCACGGGGAGCUGCAUGAGCAGUUCAAGCGGAAGACCAUUCUGACCACUUCUCAUGCCUUUCCCUACAUUAAAACAAGGGUCAACGUCAUUCACAAAGAAGAGAUCAUCCUAACGCCUGUUGAAGUUGCCAUAGAAGACAUGCAGAAGAAGACCCAGGAGCUGGCCUUUGCGACACAUCAGGACCCAGCAGACCCCAAAAUGCUUCAGAUGGUUCUCCAGGGGUCUGUGGGCACGACAGUGAAUCAGGGGCCUUUGGAAGUUGCCCAGGUUUUCCUAUCUGAAAUACCCAGUGACCCCAAGCUUUUCAGACAUCAUAAUAAACUACGACUCUGCUUUAAAGAUUUCACUAAAAGGUGUGAGGAUGCCUUACGGAAGAAUAAGAGCUUAAUCGGGCCUGACCAGAAGGAGUAUCAGAGGGAGCUAGAGAGGAACUACCAUCGCCUUAAGGAGGCUCUGCAGCCGCUGAUCAACAGGAAGAUCCCUCAGCUGUACAAGGCAGUAUUGCCUGUCACCUGCCACAGAGAUUCCUUCAGUCGAAUAAGCCUUCGCAAAAUGGACCUCUAAAAUAAAUGCACUUGUUUUAUUCAUUUGAAAAGAGCCAUGUAUUCAACACUGAAUGUGAAAAGUUAAGAUCUAUUGAAAAAAAGACCUUGAUGUAAUUCUGGAAGUUACAGCACUGAUUCACUUACUGAAGAACGCCAAAACAGUGUCAAAUGUAGUGUUAAUCUGAGAAUCAUGGCAGUGGUUUCUAACAUUCUGGAACAUACUGUUAUCUUUUUUUAAGACAUUUUAAUGACUCAAAGGUACACUAUACAUUAACCAUUAUUUAUACCAUAGCUAAUGUUAAAUUUACUUUAAGUUCAUAUUUUUUAAUUUAUAUUACCAUUUAUAGAUUCAUUUUGGAACCAUUUUAAAUGUAGUAUUGCUUAUUUUAAAGGUACUAUUAAACAUGUGAAUGUUUACACUAA